AUGCCUGCACUCUGCCAUUGCCCCUGCCUGGACACGGCGUUCCAGCACGGACCCCACUCCGUUAACAUUCUGGUGCACAGCUGUCACUGCCCACCUGGGGGAAGGAGAUUUGUCUUCGAUAAAAAGAACAAAUAUGAACCACUUGAUAGUCUGCCAAAGACUUUAGAGAAUCAGAUAUUGCUUCAUUUAAGAUCAGUAAUAAACAGUGGACUCGUAACUGAAAUAUGUAGUCAAAAUAGUCCUGUUCUAAAACUUUAACUGGAAAUUGCAGUAAUGAAUAAUUUUGUUGGAGUAGGAUUGGCAUCUAGUCAAGACAAUAAUUUGUGCACUGUAAAUCUAGGAGAGACUUUGUUAGAUGGCUUUAAGUAUCCACUUAACAUUGAAAAUCAAAUUACAGUGGUAAAAGUUGAAGUACAUCCAUGUAGAAACAACAGCUGUGAUGAAUAUCUUGAAAAGUACAAGGAAUUAAAUCUUUCAGAAGAAUCUGAACAUAUGGAGUCACCUUGUCUGCCUUCAAAUUGUAUCCACUUUCUUUCUUCUGUAUCAAUGCUGCAUUAAAAUUUCAGUCUUCCAACUUCAAACAUUUCCUCUCCUGAAGGAACAGUCAAUGAAAAUGUUGAAAUUAUGCCAGUAAUAUUAAAACAUUUUGGUGAUAUCUGUGGUUUACCUCAGACUAGUGCUUCUGUGUAUGAUGAAAUAGUUGUCUGCCUGUUGGAAGUAGGUACUCAAAUACUGUGAGAAACAGUUGGCACACAAAACCUAAAACUAGUUCCUCUAAUUCCUGAGUAUCAUGACCAAAAUAAUUAUCUUCAAUUGGGUUAUUUUCAUGUGGUCAGGUUUUCAUUCUUGGUUACUUUUGCAAUGAGCAAAACAUUUCUCAUAAUCGAGCCAUUUUUGUUUAAGGCCUGUCUUGAUAGAAACCCAGAAGCUUUCUUACCAAAGACUGGGAAAAGGAAACUAGGAGAAAUUAAACAUAACCAUAACAAAGGAUGUAAUUGCAAGUGCUCAGAAUGCCUCAAGAAUUAUUGUGAGUGUUACCUGGAUAAAAUUAUGUGUUCUCCUAUUUGCAAAUGAAUUGGUUGCAAAAAUCAUUAAGAAAGUCCAGAUGAAUAAAAACAGUUGAAUGUGUGAAACUACAUGGACCUUGGAAUCAAUGAAGGGAACAGCCCAGUUUUGACAUCAACAUUUAAAAUGUUACCAAAACUGAAGAAAGAUGGGUGA